CCGUGACUUUGGCACUUGGAGGAAGGAUGUCAUGAGCCAAGCAGCCGUCCGCUAUAAACCUACUGAUCAGCCGCUGGCUGAAUGCUCGCACUAUUCAUUUCCUUGAACUGAAGUAUCAGAGGCUUGGCCAUCCAUCACAAUAAGGUGACGUCAUUUGCUUGACGUAUAAAAGAGAAAGCCAAUUUACGCGGCGCCCCUAGGAGUUUCCAGAACAUCGCAGACGAAGAACCAGGCGGACGUUCGCUUUGAAGAGUCCUGCAUACAAAGAGAAACAAAACGAGGGACUUUGACAAAUCCCGGAAUGUACGAAGUUCGGUGUCGUCACGCUGUUGACAGUGAUGCCUACCCAUUAUGAACGAGUGACCAAGAAUGGUUACAAAAUCAGUGGUACAUGCCGAACGACUACAUGGUAAAAGGAUAUGGAUAUUAGGCCGGGAACUACAAAAAAUGGACCUCCGUAAGCCAGUGCACCAAGUAAUAGAUGGAGUACCUAGGUGCUCAGGCAUAGUUCCAGACAUGCUACGAGAAAACCUCAAGUUCCGACCGCAAAAGGGAGACGUGGUACAGACAACUUUUCCGAAGAGUGGUACACAUUGGAUGAUGUACAUUGUCCAGCUCAUUUUGAGACAGGGCGAGCCUAUGACCACGUACGAUGAGUUCGCUAAGGAAUACCGCUUCAUUGAGUAUAUGGAUAUCAAGGGCUGGAAGUCUUCUCUCGCCGUGAGAACAUUUGCCACGCACUUGCCCCUGAGUAAGGACACCGUGAGCCAAGAAGGAAAGUACAUUUACGUUGCUCGGAAUCCCUGGGACGUCUGCGUUUCGAUGUAUCACAUGGUGACCAACCUCAGCUCGUACGAGUACCAGGAUGCCACGUUCGGAGACUUUGUCAACGUGUUUGUCAGCGGGAACUUUGGGUACGGCGACUACUUCGAACACGUGGCGUCUGCUUACAACCUCAGGCAGGAGCCUAACGUGCUCUUCGUGACCUACGAAGAAAUGAAGAAGGACACUCAUGACGUGAUUCUCAAGGUAGCGCACUUUUUGGGGGAGCGCUAUGGGCGAGCUUUAUUAGAGGACAAAAGAUUGCUUCAUCAGAUGCUGGAGAGCUCCAAGCCCGAGAGCAUGAGAAGUGUCGUGGUCGUCGACUUUCGCGAAAGUCGCAAUCCUCACUGGAAAGAGGUGUUCGAACGAAACACGGUAACCUGCAAGCAGGGCUACGAAGGAGAUCAAACGAAAUACAGCCUAGUGCGAACUGCAAAAGUUGGAGGCUGGAAAGAGCACUUCACACCAGAGCUGCUCCGACGCAUGGAAGCUAGGAUUAUUGAGGCAGAGACGGUGUCAUCCUUUAUGGAUCUCUGGAAGGACAUCCGAGCCGAAGCAUUCAAAUUUUCGCAAAGUAUCUGAUAUGGAGUGCAUGUUUUACUGAGCCUACAAAAAGGCCAUGGAAUUAUGUAAUUUGUAUUUUGCGAAAAAUAGAAAAACAACAUAUUGAAAUGAGCACCCGGAA